ACCAUCAAAACCACUCUCCCCCCCUCCACAAUAACAACCACCUCAACCCUCACAGCCACCACGACCUCCAUCACCACACCAACCCCCACCGACUCCUGCACCCCCGGCGUCUGCGGCACCUACACCUUCCACCCCUGCCCCUCCACCCCCCUGGGGGCUUGCCUCUGCGGCCUCGACCCGGACGGCCAGGCCUUUUGCUCGCUGGACGACUGGUGCCAGAACGAGAUCGGCUGCGACACCAACGCCGAGUGUCUGACGCCAGAAUCAGGGCAGACCGGGGAAGGGUUCAGGUGUCUUGUGGGCAGUUGUUGUGUUUAUGAGGUGGUGGAUGAUGGACAGGGAGAGGGGAGUGUGGUGAAGAAGAAGGGGAAGUGUGUUAAAGAAUGGGGGGCUGUUUGUUUGAAUGAGGGUACUGCGGAGGGGGUGCUGAAGUUGAGGGGGGGUUCUGGUGUGUCUAGGGUGGGGAGGAUGGGGAGGAUGGCGGCUGGAGGUGGAGGAGGGAGAGGGGUGAGUAAUGGUGGUAGAUGGUGA